AUGGCCCUGCAAAAUAACUCUACCUCUUGCUUUCUGAAGCACCCGAACGGUCAACUAACACACGUCGUUGUCGACGACUAUACAGAUCCCUGGACGGAGCCGGAGACGAUCCUAAUACAGGGCGGCUUUGCCAGACAUUCUGCGUUUUGGUAUCAUUGGAUUCCGUUCCUUGCCCGGUACUAUCGAGUUGUCCGGCGGGAUACCCGAGGACACGGUAAAUCGUCUGCCCCGGGACCAGAAGAUAAUUAUACGUACACUCUCGACACUCUGCUCAACGAAAUUAUCGACACGCUUCACCAGCUGAAUGUUUCCAAGGUUCAUUUCAUUGGAGAGAGCACCUCGGGCAUGCUUGGUGAGGCAUUGGCCGCCAGGUUUCCCUCUCGCCUACACAGUUUGACUAUUAUCUCCAGCCCGACCCAUCUCCCAGCAGCAGCGCUCGAGCUCUUCGCGUUUGGAUACCCGAGCUGGCCUGAAGCCUGUCGUCAACUAGGCUCGAAGGGGUGGGGUGAGCAUCUCGCCCGGAUCCCAGGAACCCUGUCAGCAUCAGAUCGCGACUACGAAGCCUGGUGGCUGUCCCAGAUUGCAGUCAGCUCGGGCGAGGGCCUUGCAGGCUACGCUGAGUUUCUCUCGUCCUUUGACGCUCGGUCAUAUCUCGCGGACAUCUCGGUGCCCAUGCUGAUUCUAGCGCCGGCUAAGAGCGCUGCGACCAGUUUGGAGGAGCAGUUGGAUAUUGCAAGACAGGUAAAGGAUUCAAAACUCGUUGUCAUACAUGGGCAGGGGCACGAGAUAUACGGGGACAAGGCUGCAGACUGUUUAAACGCAGUCCGUGGAUUUUUACUCGAGGUUCAGCACCGCUCUUCCCUAAACGUGGAGUGA